GAAUGGCCUGAAUCCAGGGGACCAGCUAGCUCAGGGGGGCAGACCUUGAUGCGACCCGAGAGUGGGAAGAGGUUGGAAAGUGGGGCACUGGGCAGCAGGCUGGGGGGCACUUCUAGCCCCCGCUUGCCCCCCAGGCCGUGGGGCACAGAUCUGCCCCAUACUGCCACUGGCCGUGUACAACACCCAGACCUUGGCUAAGUCUUUCGGUGGAGACUGGGCCAGAUACCCUGGGGAGGGGCACAGCCCACUGCCUGGCAUCCCCAUGCAUCCCCUAUAGUUGGGGGGGCUGCACCCAGGGCACCACCAAAUCCCAUGCCCCUUAUCUCUGCAGCAUCCUUAGCCCUUUGCAGGCCAGCCCUGCGGUGGGGGCACAGAAUGGCGCUCAGAUGCUGGCCGGCCCAGGAUGCCUGGCCGCCCCCCCCCCCCCCCCCGACUGUACAGGGGGCUGAGUUCAUUAGUUGAUCUCAUUAGGGGCUUGGUUUGAUCCCCCCGUCCUCACCUCAGAGGCGUCCUUUGCGUUUAGAUUGGAAGGGCCAGAUCUCCCCCUCCCCUCCCUCAGUGUCACUGGGCCGGAGCUCCAUUGGACUCAGUGGGGCCAGCCCCCAAUGGGGCAAGGGCCGAUUAACCCCAGUGGGGUCCAGGGCCAUUUCUCUCCCCUCCAUCUCUGGUGCUAGUUCUGCAGUUUUUCUCCCUCAGUCCCCAGCUGCUGGAGUCAGGGGAUGAGGGGAGAAUAGUGUUUGAUAAAAAACUUUCCCCCAUGGGAGGGGGCCCAGGCGGCUCUCCCCUAGCCCCCCGAAAAAGGGGCCUGGCCUGAAUGCAUUGAAAGCUCCUGGGGUGGUUUGCGAUUGCAUCAAUUUUUGUCCCUGAGGCCCAGCUGGUGGAUUUUGAUUCUGGGGGCCCCCCCAAAGGGAUUAAUUUCUAGCAAUCCCCGGCAAUCCCCAGAGCUUCGUGUCCCUUGCCCCCUUACUGGCUUCGGGGGUUACCCCAAGCUGGUUAAAGGGGGUUGAAUGCCCCCUACCCUGGUUGCUGCAUGACGUAGUCUUUAGGUUUCUCUGUAUUGGGAGCUGGGUCCAAAGGAUAGUGGGGGCAGUAGAAAAUGGGGGAGGGGGGGAGCCAGGACUCCUGGGUUCUGGCUCCAGCUGUGGGAGGGGAGCGGGGGUCUAGUGAUUGAGAGGGGAGGGCUGAGAGCCAGGACUCCUGCAAUCAGUCUCCGGUUUUGGGACAGGAGUGGGGUGGGAGGAGGAAUGGGGGGGUGGGAGGCAGGACUCCUUAGUCCCAACCCCAGCUGUACCUGGGUCCAGUCACGUCACCUCUGUGCCUCAGUUUCCCCAUCUGCAAAAUGGGUUUCACACUUACCUACCUCACUGGGGGAGGGAGGCGAAGCCAUUUCUGAAGCAUCCAGGCAACUCCACCCCCUGCCAGGGUGCAUCACCCCCUUUCCCUCCACCCCCCAUGGGGCCUGCAGAGCCCAGGCUUUGCGGACAGGAUGGGGGAACCUCCUGUUCCGGCCCAGCUGACCUGGAACUCCCACUUGGCUUGUGUUAGUGAUAGAUUUCCCCCCCCCCCCCAAUUCAGCUGCCCCUGCUCCUCACACCCCCCUUGGGACUCAGGGUUGGCCCUGCCAAGGUAGAGGGUGUCUGGACACCUGGGUUUUUCCGGGCAGGGGGAGGGCGGUAAGGCUGUUACAGCUGCUGAGCCGUGUGUCUCGGUGGGGGGGGGCGGGGGCUGGGGACUGGAAAUGUGUGGUGACUUGCACCCCCCCUGGGCCACCCCCACAGCUGAUCCCAGGAUGAGGGGGGGUGGAUUGGUGCUAGGGGCACAGGGCACAAAGCUCUGGGGGAGGGUGGGGCCUGAGGGGGUUCCCAGCCCCCCCCUCUGGGGGUGGGGCCUCAUGGGAGGGGGAGGAGCUCAGCUUGGCGUCUUUGUGUCGGGGUUUUUUUGGGACAAGGGAGAAAAUCCCCUUUUUAAGGGAAAAAAACAUGGAAUAAAGAUUUUUUUAAAAGCGAUUGUGUCUGUCCCAAGAGCCCAUGCGGUCGGGUGGGGGGAGUGGGGGCUAGUGGUUAGAGCGGGGGGGCUGCAGGAGCCUGCUGUCACUGCCCUGCAGAGCUCCCAAGCUCCACCAGGGGGCCUGUGUCACCAGCAGGCUCAGGGCCCAGCAGGGGGCGCUCUCCCCUGGCAGUUGGGGUGGCCCCAGGGUGGUGCUGGGGGGUGCUGAGCUGCAGGGGCCUCGUGGUCCCCAGGAAGCUCCAGCUUUCAGCUACGUGACCCUGCCCCAUAAGGAGGGACAUGGGGGGCAGUGCAGAGCCCGAGAGCCAACCGCUGGCGCCUGGCCCCGACUGGCCUCUUCCUAGUCCCCACCCCUGGGGGCAGGGACCCAUGGGCCCUCCCCAGCCCGAGGCGGGUCCCCUCCCAUCCAGCCCGGGCCCAGCCACCAUCCGCCACCUCAACCUGGACCUAUACAAGCCGCUGGUCUCCCAGGACUGGAUCCUGUGGCCAGGCUGGAACCUCCUCCCCUUCACCUCGGUCAUGGCAGCCUCCAUCUCCUGGGUCCCCUUCUGGUCACCCCUCCGGCUUUCCAUCUUCCUGCUGGCCAUCAUGACCACCUCCAUCUUCCUCCACCGGAGGGGCUGGUUCCCUGCCAGAGGACAGAGGCUCCCCUCCUCCAAUGCCAUGGGGCGGCCUCCAGCCAUGUCUCUCAUCUUGCCCCCAACUACACCCCCUGCCACGGAGCAGGGCAUGUGGACCGUGCACUCCGCCGGGCGCCUGGGGAACCAGAUGGGGGAAUACGCCACCCUCUACGCCCUGGCCAAGAUGAACGGGCGCCAGGCCUACAUCCUCCCACAGAUGCACCAGCAGCUGGCGCCGCUCUUUCGCAUCACCCUGCCCGUGCUCUCCAGUGACGUGGUCCGGAACAUCCGGUGGAGGAACUACGGGCUCCACAAUUGGAUGUCGGAGGAGUACAGGCACAUCAAGGGGAAAUACGUCCGGCUGACGGGCUACCCCUGCUCCUGGACCUUCUACCACCACCUCCGGCAGGAGAUCCUCCAGGAAUUCUCCUUCCACGACCACAUCAAGGAGGAGGCCAACCGGUACCUGGCUGGGCUGCGUGGGCAGCGCCAGAACGUGACCUACAUGGGCAUCCAUGUCCGGAGGGGGGACUAUGUCCGGGUGAUGCCCCAGGUUCGGAAGGGGGUAGUGGCGGACAAGGCCUACCUGGAGAAGGCUAUGGGCUACUUCCGGGCCAAGUACCAGGAGCCGGUCUUCGUGGUGACUAGCAACGGGAUGGAGUGGUGCCGGGAGAACAUCGACGCCUCGUGGGGGGACGUGUAUUUCUCGGGGGAUGGGAAGGAGUCGUCGCCGGGGAGGGAUUUUGCUCUCUUGGUCCAUUGCAACCACACGAUCAUGACCAUCGGGACCUUCGGCAUUUGGGCUAGUUACCUGGCUGGGGGGGAGACCAUCUAUUUGGCCAACUACAUGCUCCCCAAUUCCCCCUACCUGCGGCACUUCAAGCCUUCGGCAGCCUUCCUGCCCGAGUGGAUUGGCAUUGAUGCCGAUCUCUCCCCACUGCUGAAUGGGAGCUAUAAAAACAAUAAAUAAGAAAUGGAAGAAAGGGGCAAUGGAUAGUAAUAUAUAUAAACUAAAAACUAGAGAUUGUAGAAAAAUGAUAAGGGAAGCAAAACGACGCACGGAGACAUCUAUGGCAAGCAAAGUUAAAGGCCGUACCAUGGUUUUUAAAAAAAUGUAUAUUAGGAACAAAAAAGAAUGCUGAGACUGGCAUUGAUCCCUUUUAGAUGGAAAUGGUAGAAUUUUCAAUACUGCAGACCAGGUAGAUUUUUUCAACAGAACCCAAAAAAGAUGAUGUUGUCAUAGUAUAUGAUGAUAUUAACACACUUUCCAUUCCACUAGUUGCUCAGGUGGAUGUCAAACUGCAGCUACAAAAGUGAGUCAUUUUAAUAUCAGCAGGGUGAAGUAAUAUGCAUGGAAGAGUUUGAAACGAGCUGGCUGAGGAAUUGACGGCACUGCUUAUGUUGAUUUUGCCCUGCAGGAGGCCCAGAAGAAAGCUCACGUUGUGGCAAGUUUUAAAACGGGUAAAUGGAAUGACCCGAGUAAUUAUGGGCCUGUCAGCCUGACCUCGAUCCUGGGGAAGACAAUGAAGUGGCUGAUAUGGGACUCGAUUGAUCAAGAAUGAAAGGAGGGUGCCAUAAUUCCUCAGCAUGGGAUUGUGGAAACUAGACCCCGUCACACUAACUUGCUAGCCUCUGUCGCUGUGGUCGCACGGUUGGUGAAGGAAGGUGACAGGGUUGUUGUCACAUCUGUUGAUGUCGGGAAGGCGCGGGAGCUGGUGACUGAUUAACAGGAACGUCAGGAAAUGAGUGUGUUAAAGAGAGUCGCAGCCACCCAACUGGCAGGUCUCAGAAUGUACCUGCACA